AUGAAGAAGUUUUCCUUACUAAUGAGUCUUUAUCUGAUUGGAUGUGCCAGAGGAGCAUCAGGUCAGCCUGAUGAGCCUCCUGGCUCUAUGGGUCAUCAAGCUUCAGUUCAGCAAUUUUCAGGUGAGUACUUUUCACUUGGAAACCCUUCAGAUGGUGAGACUUUAUAUGAGACUUCUGCAGGCGAGAGCACUUUAACUGAACAUGGUUCAAGUGAACACAUUUCAGGUGAACACGCUUCAGGUGAACGUGCUUCAGGUGAGCAUGCUACGGGUGAACAUACUUCAGGUGAACAUAUUGCCAGUGAGCACGCUUCUGGUGAACAACCUUCAGGUGAACAGCCUUCUGAUGAAAAGCCUUCAGGUGAACAGCUUUCCGGCGAACAGGCUUCUGGUGAAAAUAUUUCUGGUGAACAGUCUUCCAGUGAAAAACCUUCAGGUGAACAGGUUUCAGCUGAAAAGCCUUCAGGUGAACAAGCUUCCGGUGAGAAGGCUUCCGGUGAACAGGGUUCAGGUGAACAAGCUUCAGGCAUUCCACCAUCAAGCACAUUUUCAGGCCCAAUAUUAAAUUGCCACACAUGCUCAUAUAUGAAUGAUCAUGGAAAAUGUCUUCGUGGAGAGGGAGUCUGCUCCACUCAGAAUUCCCAGCAGUGCAUGUUAAAGAAGAUCUUUGAAGGUGGAAAACUCCAAUUCAUGGUUCAGGGGUGUGAGAACAUGUGCCCAUCUAUGAACCUAUUCUCCCAUGGAACGAGGAUGCAAAUUAUAUGCUGUCGGAACCAAUCUUUUUGCAACAAGAUCUAGAAGCCUGUGCCUUUGCUUCCUGCCCUGACUCAGGCAGUAAAAAUUCUCCAUCACCCUAAAGGGCUUAAUUUAUAUUUUGUUUCUUCCCCAGUCAAUAAGUAAUCACGUCUGUCUCUGCCUGAG